ACCACGGUUAAUACAAACCAAACCAGGGUUAAAACCCCCAUACUGUAUACUACCAGCUCUAAUUAUAAGCAACCAAAGCUUGCUGGUGUUUCUUUGUACAUAUCUCACGAACCCUAGACACCACCCAAAACAGAAAGAAAAUGAUGCUCGGAGAAACUCAUCGUUUUAAUCCAACAGUCCACGUUCCACCUUGGCCCAGCUUUGAUGAUGAUCAAACUGCUGAGGUUCACUCUCCUCUCAACUACAAUGCACCCUGCAACUACUUCAACAACAACAGUAACCCGUUUUACUUGCAGGAAGCGUUAGGAAUGCUACGACGUUACUUGCCAUCAAACGAACUGGAUAUCGAGUCAGACUCUGAGCUUUCGUUCCACCCGGAUUCUCCGGUUGAUGCUUGCUCUUGUGAUCAUUUCCGGAUGUUUGAGUUCAAAGUACGGAGAUGUGGACGUGGCCGUGCGCAUGACUGGACUGACUGUCCGUACGCUCAUCCCGGUGAGAAAGCUCGUCGGAGGGACCCCAGGAAGUAUCAUUACUCUGGUACGGCUUGUCCUGAUUUUAGGAAAGGGAACUGUCGCAAAGGAGAAGCUUGCGAGUUCGCUCAUGGGGUUUUCGAGUGCUGGCUUCACCCAGCUCGUUACCGGACUCAGCCAUGCAAAGAUGGGACUAGUUGUAGGCGUCGUGUUUGUUUCUUUGCUCAUACUCCGGAACAGCUUAGGGUUGUCAGCUCUGUUGAUUCGAAUGAUGGUUCACCUUCCAGUGCUAAAACGCUGAGUUUUUCCGGUUCUCCACCGAUGAGUCCUCGAGCUGAGCCAUCACCACCUAUUUCGCCUAUGGCUCAGUCGCUGAGUCGAUCUCUGGCUUCGGCCUCUAUUAAUGAGGCGGUAGCUUCCAUGAGGAACUUGCAACUCGGCAAAGUUAAGUCUUUGCCUUCAUCUUGGAACGUACAAGUAGGCUGCUGCUCUCCCGCGUUCGGGUCUCCGAGAGGUGCGGUAAUCCGACCCAGUUUCUGUAGCCUGCCUAGUACUCCGACCCAAAACUUGACCCGUCCUGCGAUUGGGCACUUGGAUUUCUGGGAUGAAGCAUGCGAAGAAGAGCCACAGAUGGAAAGAGUGGAAUCCGGUAGGGAUUUACGUGCAAAGAUGUUCGAGAAACUGUGUAAAGAGAAUUCUUUGGAACGGGUUAACCCGACUCAGUCUUCUGGAGGUCCGAACGUGGAUUGGGUUUCGGACCUGGUGAAGUAAAAAGGAAAGGGACGCUGGAAGUGAUCUCGCUCGCUCGAAGUGAACAUAUAAUUUUACAUUAUUAUCUGAUUUUAUUUGAAUCUUUUUGGAGUUUUCUUCUCACUGUGAAUAGUUUCUGAAGAAGAAGGGGAGAAAAUCUGGCAUAUAUUUUGUGGUAUUUGGUGAACCGAAAUUGAAGAUUUUGUAUAAAAUAAUCGAAUAUUAUUUCCUACAAGCGUAGUUUGUAAUCUUCUAUGAACUUUAGAAGAUCAGAACUCAAAAACAAGAUUCUUAAGCUUUUGCGUAAGGUAGCAGACAAUGGAUUACUCUCUACCUAUAUAUAUAUUAAUGGUUUGAUAUUGUGCUUAUUGAAGUGUAAUUAUUAUUAUUAUUAUCCAAGUUGCUGAAUCUUUGUUUAGUAGUAA